AUGACUACCAAACCAACUGUGAAUUAUGGCCUGUACCUGGUCACAGACUCAACGCCAGAAAUUCUUGGUGACCGUAACCUUGAACAAGUUGUCGAAGAGUCUCUACGAGGUGGCGUUACGAUUUUGCAAUACAGAGACAAACACAGCGAACGAAACGUCGCUGUAGAUACAGCCAAGAAGCUACACUCCAUCGCUCGCCGCUACAAUGUUCCUCUCCUCAUCAAUGAUCGUGUUGACGUUGCUGUUGAAGUAGGCUGUGAGGGUGUACAUAUUGGACAAGAUGAUAUGGCAUACGAGGAAGCAAGAAAGCUACUGGGCCCAGGUAAAAUUAUUGGAGUGACCGCAAGCUCCGAGGAAGAAGCCCUCAAGGCUUGUGAAGCCGGCGCUGACUAUCUCGGUAUCGGGACCGUCUAUUCCACACAGACCAAAAAAGACACCAAAUCCAUCAUUGGCCCCUCUGGUGUCCGAGAUAUACUCUCGGCUCUACACAGCGCAGGUUACGGCUCUAUCCCUACUGUCUGCAUUGGUGGCAUCAACGCCAGCAACACUACCCCUGUUCUUACCUCGGCUAGUUCUCCCUCCAAGGCUCUCGAUGGUGUCGCUGUAGUGAGCGCCCUCAUCGCUGCCCCUGACCCGGCCGCUGCUGCUCGUGAUCUUCUCGGCAAAGUUGUCAUCGCCAAGAUUCCAGAAGUCAUCCGCGCAGUGGUCGACAAGACGCCUCUCUCGCAUAACAUGACAAACCUAGUCGUUCAGAACUUCGCUGCUAAUGUAGCUCUUUGCGUUGGGGCAAGCCCUAUCAUGGCCAACUACGCUGAAGAGGCUGCGGAUCUGGCUAAACUUGGCGGUGCCCUUGUAGUCAACAUGGGGACCGUCACUCCGGAUGGCCUUGAGAACUACCUCCAAGCCAUCAAGGCAUACAACGAGGCUGACCGACCCAUAGUUCUUGAUCCUGUUGGUGCCGGUGCCACGGUCGUUCGACGCAACGCCGUCAAAACUCUUCUUGAAGCUGGCCGUUUCACUAUCAUCAAGGGUAAUGAGGGCGAGAUCCAAACUAUCGCUGGUGUGACCAUCACUCAACGUGGAGUUGACUCUACAUCGUCUCUUGGUUUUGCCCAGAAAGCUUCCCUCGUGCGCUCCGUCGCCUUGCACCGACGAAACGUCGUCAUCCUCACGGGCGCUAUCGAUCUUAUAAGCGAUGGAGCCCGCACUCUGGCAAUCAGCAACGGGCAUCCUUAUCUUGGUGAAGUCACAGGUACUGGAUGCACUCUGGGCACCACAGUCAGCGCUAUGGUUGCUGCAUAUGGCACUGACCCUCUUCUUGCCGCCGUGGCAGGAACCGUCAUGUUUGGACUGGCUGCCGAACUUGCUGCCAAGAGACCUGAGGUUCGUGGACCGGGGACUUUCGUACCGGCCUUCCUCGAUGAGUUGUACGCCAUCAGGAAGUCAACUGCCAACGGUGACUUGGUGUGGCUGAACAUGGCGCAAGUCAAGGCAGUCGAUGUUAACGUUGAUGAUACUGCAACUAAUUAG